UUGCAUUGCACCAACGCGAUGCACACUGGCUUUGGCUCUGUUUCAUCCUCGCCAGUUGCAUUGCACCAACGCGAUGCACACUGGCCUUGGCUCUGUUUCAUCCUCGCCAGUUGCAUUGCACCAACGCGAUGCACACUGGCUUUGGCUCUGUUUCAUCCUCGCCAGUUGCAUUGCACCAACGCGAUGCACACUGGCCUUGGCUCUGUUUCAUCCUCGCCAGUUGCAUUGCACCAUAUUCAAAGCCACUCUAUUUAUCUGAUGAUACUCUUAUCCAUUAGUACGUUGUGGAAAAAAUUUGAUUUGGCAAAAAUGGAACGAAAUAUUGAAGACUUUUUCAAAUUUUUGAAACGUGAAGCGAUCAAAUAUAAUUUGCAGAAAUGCGUAAAAAUACAUGGUGUUAGAUCAAAAGUUCAUGAAGCUAUCAAAGAGAUUUUGAAUUUAAGCAAAAAUAGCAAUGAUGAUGUUACAAAGUUUCUAUCUGGCUGGAUCGAUUUUGCUGAUGUUAAUAAAUAUAACGACUCAAUUUUAUCAGGUAUCUUUGAUUUAAGAACAAUACCACGUGCUAUUCAAGCACAUUUAGAAUUAAGAGGAGUUUGGGACUUGUUUAAUGAAGAAAUCGUAAUACCUGAACUUCCUGAGGAAAUUGAAGCUCAUAUUGAACGCGUUGUUUUAAAUGAUGACGAUCGAAUCCCAAAAAAAUAUUAUGAUAAUACAAACUAUAAUAAAUUGAAGAAAGAAGAAUAUCGAGCUCUAAACAAUUUGAUUCGUAAAAUAAUGAACCUGUGGGAUAAUCCAACCUACAAAAGGGUUAAUGUUAUCAUGGAAAGUACAUGGAACCAUGAUGCUAUAGCGCCAAUGAUCGAAUAUAUACUAUGCAAUGUCAAAAUAUGUCGGAACUGGGAAAACAAAAUUGUCAAGUCAUCAUCUGUUACUCGGGGCAAAAAUAAAAAAGGAGAUUUCCAAGGCUACAAGCAAAGCAUAAUCAAAAAGUCUUAUGAUUAUGAACUAAUGUUUGAAGAGACGUCUUAUGGGCCUAACCAUCCAAAUAAUACUGAUCAUGUGUGUGGUGAUCGAGUGAAAUUGGCAAAAAUCGGCAAAGUUUCGUUUGAAUCAAUAUAUAAAUUAUUUCCUGAUCAGUAUAACAAACAAUUGAAAGAUGUAAACAUAUUCUUAAUUCAAUCUCAUGAUUAUCAUGUGACGUUUUCAAUUAUGGAUUACAGAUUCUUUCCAUUUGGAAGAGUUCGAAGUCUAGAAAAUAUCUAUGUACCUGUAGAAGAUGGGCCGAAUUCAUUAUAUUACAUCAAAAAGAUGAUCAAGGUGUUAUAUUAUUAUCGCACUUUAGUUGAAAAGACGGUUAAGAAUGUCGAUAAUAUCGACAAACAACUGGGAUCCUUCACACCACCUACUAAAAUUCGAGUUACAGUACCAGUUUUUGACACGCCAUAA